CUAAAGAGGUCUAUUCAUGGAAGAACUGAAAGAUCUAAUAGUACCAAAAGCUAGCAUUGAAGCUAUUGAGUUUCUGCAAUCCAUUGAGCCAGAGGAGUUGCAGCUAUGUCUGUUUGUUGACUCCUUAGUCACAAUUUCAGACACAGGCAGAGAACUUGGAGAAUUCACUAUUACCAUUCAACAGGCAACAUACCAUGAUGAGGACUGUUAUCUAAUUCAUGCUAACAGCCAUGGCUGUAUUGAUGAUAUACCAUGUGGAACAUCUAUCAUGGCUUAUGUUUCCAAGAGGCUUGCAACUUUAGAGCAACAUCAUCAUGAAUAUGUGAAGAUAAAGGAUCACCCUUUGGACAGAAAGUCAUACAUGGUCAGACAGGAAGAUCAGCUGGUAGUGAACAAAAUUGUCACGGAAGGACAAGAUGAGAAGAGGCACACGUUUACAUUUCCUUGGAGCUCUGUGGAAGGAUUUAUAUCAGAGGCUUCAAAUCUUCUUAUGUUACGGAUUCUUGCUAAAAGGAAGGCUGUUCCGGAAAACAUGGUGUUUCUUUCAUUAGAUACCGAGACGCAUCUAUGCACAUCCACUUUUAAAGAGCUUGGGCUCAGGAGUCAGACAGUUGGGAGGGAGGUUAUGGAGGUUUUUGGAAUUGAAAGAGCUAUCCAGUCAGAGAAAGAUCUACCUUCCAUGUGGCACUUCUUUUUCCUUUCUGAUGGACAUUUAACAAGCAGAGUACAAAUUGGAUCUCCUGUGACAAUGAGACUUAUACAAAUGCCAUUGCUAAAAGAAAAAGAGGAGGAUGAGCAUAAACCAGUAUUUGAGAAGAAGCCAUUGAUCUGGGAGGAGGACAUGCACUUGUACUCCAAAUUUCUUGAUAGAAAGGAAGAGCUCAAGGCAAAUCAUGCUACAUAUGUGAGACAUCACCCUGAGCUGAAAGCCAUAAUGGCAGAUUUCCUUCAGUUUUUAUUACUCAGAAAACCAGAGGACAUCUUCGUGUUUGCUGCAGAUUAUUUUGCACCAUUUUCAUCACAGAAGCAUCUAGAAACUAGUUUUCAAACAAGCAAAGCAAAUCAUGUAACUAAAAACAAUUGAUUUAUUUUUGACUGUGGUCUGAAAAAUUAUCCAUAUAUUUUUAAAGUUGUCUUUCAGAAUAAUUGUUGUGUAUUAGUGAUUAUUUUUAAAUUAUAAGGGCCAUAAUCCAUAAUGACUACCACUGAAUUAAAGGCUAGAGGUAGCAAGUUCUAUUUCUACAAUAUUCACACCAACUAGCUACCAUCUUAAUUGCUUCUUGCUGUUGAAAUCAUGCAGUAUGUGCCCCUUAAAUUUUGUUUACUCCACCUGCAUCUUGGUAAACUAUAGAAAGUGGAAGCAGAAGGAAGUCAAAGGCAGCAAAACAAAUUGAGGAAAAAGACAUGUUUGCAAGCAGUGACAUUAAACUUUUGGGGGACCCUGGCUGCCAACAGCAAUAUUCAGAGGAAGACAAACCAUUUCUUUAAAAAAAAAAAAAUUUUAUUUUGCAAUUU